AUAAUCUAAAAUAGGCUACCAAUUGUUUUUUUUUUUUUUUUAAAGAAUAAACAAAAGACAGCAGGAUUUUGUUUUAUAAUAGAGACACUUCAAUAUACUACUAUAUAAUCUGAAUUGUCAGAAAAUUUGUAAAUCCAUCUAGUGGAGAGAGCUUCUUCAAUCUUUGCAUGAUUAAAGGACGUUUAAAUAUCCUUUCACUGGGCAUUGUGGAUCCUGUAGGCUAAAGCGCGCUACAUUCUAUUUACUACUAUGGAUGCCAGCUUCAUUGAAAACUACAUCACCCAAACUGCAUCUGUGUCAGUUAAUACCUAGGACACAUAGAACAGUAUUUUCAGAUGGACGAAACACAGGAGACCUGUCCAUGACACGCAGAAAAAUGGAAGAUCCCAAAUCCAUUCAGAGGUUUGAAGCGGCUGUUAAAGUGAUCAGAAGUUUACCUGAAGAUGGCUGUUAUGACCUGUCUGAUGAUAUGCUGGUUACGUUAUACAGUUACUACAAACAAGCUACAGCAGGACCCUGUAACACAUUAAAACCAAACUCUUGGGAUCCUAUUGGCAAAGCUAAAUGGGAGGCAUGGAAAGCCUUGGGAAACAUGACAAAGGACCAAGCCAUGAUGGAAUAUGUUCAGGAAAUACAACUGAUAAUAGAAACCCUCCCGGUCACAGAGAGGAUGGCAGAAUUAUUGGACGCUCUUGAUCCAUUUUAUGAGAUAGUGGAGAAUGAUGAUGAUGAUGAAGAUGUUGCCAGUAAAGCAGCACUAUUAUCCACAGACUCAAGCACUCUUGCAGCAGAGAGAGGAAGUUUACCAGUGUGUAAUGGAAGUGAGGAGAACAGCGUAUCCUCCUCAACCAAUGAAACUCAUAGUUCUCUAAACACUGAGGAGGAAGAGGAGGAACUGGCUUAUGCUGACUCGGAUGAUGAGAUAUACAGUGAUUCAAUGGAAAAACCAGCAACACAAGAGAAGGGUUCAGGAGUUCCCAGGGUCCAUUUGGCAGAAGUGAAUGUGGUUGGGGCCAACAUGCAACAAGGGGGAAACAGAGAGUCUCAGUGUGGGAGUCAGGAUGGAAAACCACAGGGAGUUACACCCCCCGUCCCCCACCCGCCGACACUUGGAACCGUCCAAACUGACAGAAUCUCACCAGGCAGUGGAAGAGGCCAUCAGUUAAUGGGAACUAACCUACCUGACAAACAUGAGUGCAGUUACCAAGGAGAUGGUCAGCGCGGGGAUACAGAAGACAGAAUGGACAAAAGAGCGUUUAACACAGAGAUCGCUGUCAUACUGUCGCAGUUACAGGACAACAUGCAGGAUGUGCUGCACAGACUGACCACACUGGAACUUCUUACAGCAUCACAAGCUGAAAUCCCUCCUCUCAAAACGUUGAACUCCAAGUCACCAAAAAAGAGGUGGCCCUGGUGGCCUUUAGACUUGCCCCCCAUCGCUGUAGUGCUGACAGUUAUCUGGCCAUUUGCUGUGCACUGGCUGGUGCAGUUUUACUUACUGAAGAGAAGGAGAUGGUUAAGAGUGAAGUGAAGAAUCAGUACCAACUGUACAGCUCCUGAGGACUUUGAAAAUGGUCUGGAUAUAUCUGAUGUGUUCAAAAGUGAAUGUUAUGAUGUCACACUAAGCCUCAGAAAUUAAUACUAUUAUUCAGCAAGGAUGCAUUAAAAUAUCAAAGGUGACUGUAAGGAAUUUUCAGGAAUUGUCAUAAAAGAUUUCCAUCUAAAUAAAUGCUGUUAAUUUUAAGGUUUCCACAAAAAUAUUAAGCAGCACAACUGUUUUCAACACUGAUAAAAAAUAAUAAGAAAUGUUUCUUGAGCAGCAAAUUAGAGUAAUAUGAUGAUUUCUGAAGGAUCAUGUGACACUGAAGACUGGAGUAAUAAUGCUGAAAAUUCAGCUUUGCAUCACGGGUAUAAAUGACAUUUUACAAAAUAUAUUAAAAUAGCUAUUUUAAAUUGUAAAAAUAUUUCACACAAGUGAUUUUACUUUAUUUUGGAUAGGCUUUUUUUAACAGUAUAAUGUAUAUAAUAUUCACACCUUUUCUUUCCUUUUGUGUUUGUUAUUUAUAUGACUUUGAAAGCAGGUAGUUUACAGUCUUUUGAAUCCAUCUCAGCCUUUUAAAAAUCAUUUACCAACACACUACGCACAUUUUUCAUUUCAAAGAGGAAAAAUAAAGUCUUUUGACAUGGACAGAAACCAAACGCCAAUGAAGCUUAUAUGUUACAGCUUUUCCAAAUGGGGAUUGAUAAUAAAAAGUAAAAUGAGUGUGGAUUAACUCACUGUACCAAAGAGAAAAGCUAAGCAACUCAGACAUGAAAUAUUUCUGCUGUAAAUGUCUUCUAGAGUAUAGCUAUACUGUACAUGUGGACCAUUGUAAGUACAAGAAUGUAAGUAGUUUAUUUUUAUAAGCUAUAGGCAUACAAUACUUGUGAGUCUGUAAUUGUUAUUGUCAAGCAGGCAAUUCUUUUGUAAGGUGAAUAAAGAAUUUGAAUAGAUAAUUGUAUGUUUGACUGCUUAAGAUAGAUAGAUAGACAGACCGACGCACGCACGCACGCAUCUGUACAACGUUGAGAUUCCUCAAAAUAAUCAAUGUAGGCCCAUUGAGAUACUGCAGUGUUUUCCACACGGACGCAAAUAUAGGGAGGACAAUAACAAUCUGAUCGUGUUCAAAAGCUUGAUGCCAACUUAUCAGGAUGUACACAAUAAAAGCGCUUUGAAAGAUGAUAGCAUCUCUGAUAGCAGCUGCGUCCAUGGAAAAAACUAUUAAGUCAUUGAUUAAUGAGACAGCUAUCUUAUUUUUCGGACAUAAACACUAUUUAGGGCGGAUAGUCUACUACUAGCACUGCAGACGCUAGCAUGUCAACGCCAGUUAGCUGGCGAAUGGACGACGUCUCUGAUAUUGCCUUAUGAAUAUUAACUUCGUCACGUGAUAGGACGCUUCAGUAAAGUUAACAACCGACGUAUUUAAUAUUCAUAAGACAGCCUUCGCAGUAGUAGGAUUCGUAAUUUACGAGUGCAGACGAUUCUAUGUGCACGUGGUACAUCUGAAAACACACGUUUUGUCACAUGCAUUGAUUAAAUUUGCGGUUUAUGGAAAAAAGCAGGAGAGUUUAGU